AUGGAUUUUCAGUGCAGAACGUGUAGCCAGGCUUAUGAUGCUGAGCAGAUGAUGAAGCAUCUCUCAAGUACGAGGCAUAAAACUGUAUUCGACACUUCAAAUGAUGAAGAUAUUUGCUGUGAGGAAUGUCAAGAUAAAAAUAUACACCAACUUCAAAUCAUCAGGUUUGGGGGUGAAGACAUGGUUUUACUUUGUAAUUCGUGUUUUCGGAAAGAAUAUUCAGAAACGGAGCGUCCAUCAACUAGCUACUCAUUACAAAACGGCUCUAUAUUGAAAUUUUGGGAAAAGUACGUGAAAGUCAGGGAAUGUUGUUGUGAUGAGUGUGGGGAAGAGUCUAACUUGAAUGCAAAUAGAAAUGGAGAAGUAUUAUGUGACAAGUGCUUGCCCAAAUCGAAUAGAGCUAAAGACUUUGUUUCUGAAAAAAGUGGAAGAUUCCUAUACAUCUACUUGGGACUGAAUGAAACACAGAAUAGCACUAGAAAGCCUAGAAAAAAGGGCGGCAGAAGAGUUGGUAGAGGAAAGAAGGGCAGGAAGGGUGCUAAGAUUAAGAAGGAGAAAAAGGAAACUUUCGAGGCCAAAAUAAGUAGAAUCGCUUAUGAAGUCAAGAAAGAAAAUAGUACCAUUCAAAGCUCUAGUAGUUCCAAUCUAAGAAACUUCAAAGGUUUCAAAGCGGUGGAAAGCGAUCCAGUAGUUGCAGCAAAAGUAAGCAAAUCAGAGACUAGUAGAAGUAAUCCUGGCCCAUCAAAUCGAAACAAAGGGAAAGGAAAUAAGGCAAACCACAAAAAGAAUAGUGGAAAUGGGAUAGGAAAAGAGAAAGAGAGGAAAACAAACAUUAGAAAUAAUGUCCGUAACAGCCAACCUAUACCAGAGGACAGAAAAAAUACCAAUAGCCACGUUACAACAAACUCUGGAGGGAAAGGCAAGAACGAAUCAGUGGAUAAGCACCAAUUACCGCAACCAAAAGCUUUGAAUGGAAACGGGUCGGGCAGUACUAAUACUACUGGUUUGAAAAAAGGGAAAAAAGACCAUGCUGGCCAGAAGACUAAGGGCAAUGAUAAAACGGGUAAUAAGAAUCCGCGAGAGGCCAAACUAAAUUCAGCUGGCAGAAAGAAUGCACUUGGCAAAAAAUCAAAUAACCAGCCAAAUAAGGGAACUAGCAGGUGGACAAUUGGAUCUGAUACUGAAUCUUCUAGAGAACCUAGUAUUAGCCCAAACGAGAACACAACUUCAAUUACUAAAUCGCGAAACCGCAAUAAGAAGGCUAGCAAGCCGACGCUGAAUGAAAAAUCAAAAACAACAACGAUGCCAAAAAAGUUGGAGACAAAAAAUCAAGAGAAAAAUAAUGGAAAAACUAAGGACGGGAAACUUAUUUACGAAGAAGGUGAACCACUCACAAGGUAUAAUACCUUUAAGUCAACCUUAUCAUACCCCGAUUUGAACACAUACCUAAAUGAUUACUCAUUUGCCCUUUUUUUGGAACAGAAAUUAGAGAACGAAUUUGUUCAAAACUUCAACAUACUAUGGCCUCGCAAUGAAAAAGAUACAGCUUUUAUAAUCAACGUUGAGAAGAAUAAUAAUUCAGAACUUGAGAAAUUACUACCUGCAAAUUUGCUUGCACUCGGUAGACCGGCAUUUAAUGAAAGGCAACCAUUUUUCUUUUGUACUCAGGAUGAACAAAAAGUUUGGUAUAUUUUUAUCAAAGAACUUUCUAUUCAAAGGGGUAAAUACGUGUUGUUAGUGGAGCUUUUUUCGUGGAAUAAUUUGAGUUUGCCAACGAAAAAUGGUUCAUCUCAAUUUAAGCUAUUGCCAACUUCUGCGCAGACAAGUAGAAUUCUAUUUGCCAUGACGCGUAUUACAAACCCAAAAUUUAUUGACCUAUUACUAGGCCAAAAGCCUAUUAAAGAGAUUUAUUUUGAUAACAGGCUAAAAUUUUCCAGUGACAAGUUGAACCGAUCUCAGAAGACUGCAGUGGAACAUGUUCUAAACAACAGUAUCACAAUUCUACAAGGCCCACCUGGUACAGGUAAAACAUCAACAAUAGAGGAGAUAAUCAUCCAAGUAAUUGAAAGAUUUCACGCAUUCCCAAUAUUGUGUGUUGCCGCGUCAAAUAUUGCUAUUGAUAACAUUGCCGAGAAGAUUAUGGAGAAUAGACCGCAGAUAAAGAUCUUAAGAAUUUUGUCAAAGAAGAAAGAACAACAGUAUAGUGAUGACCACCCAUUGGGCGAAAUUUGUCUCCACAAUAUUGUAUACAAAAAUCUUUCCCCAGACAUGCAAGUCGUGGCAAACAAAACCCGCAGGGGCGAAAUGAUCUCCAAAUCAGAGGACACGAAGUUUUAUAAAGAGAAAAACCGUGUCACCAACAAGGUCGUAUCUCAAUCGCAAAUAAUUUUCACGACAAACAUUGCUGCAGGUGGUCGUGAAUUGAAGGUUAUAAAAGAAUGUCCCGUGGUAAUAAUGGAUGAGGCUACACAAUCAUCAGAGGCUUCAACACUAGUCCCACUUUCGUUACCAGGUAUAAGAAAUUUUGUCUUCGUUGGGGACGAAAAGCAAUUGUCAAGUUUCAGCAACAUCCCUCAACUGGAAACCUCACUAUUCGAAAGAGUCCUAUCUAAUGGCACGUACAAAAACCCACUAAUGCUGGAUACGCAGUACAGAAUGCACCCAAAAAUUAGCGAAUUCCCCAUUAAGAAAAUAUACAAUGGUGAAUUGAAGGACGGUGUCACGGACGAACAAAAGGCAUGGCCUGGCGUGCAGCAUCCGUUGUUUUUUUAUCAGUGCGAUUUGGGGCCCGAGAGCAGAGUGAGAAGCACGCAAAGAGACAUAGUCGGGUUUACGUACGAAAACAAACACGAAUGUGUAGAAAUCGUGAAGAUUAUCCAAAUACUAAUGUUGGACAAGAAGGUUCCGCUGGAAGAAAUUGGUGUCAUAACGCCCUAUUCUGCACAGCGUGAUCUGCUGUCUGACAUCUUGACCAAAAACGUAGUUAUCAACCCCAAACAGAUUUCUAUGCAACAAGAAUACGAUGAAAUUGAGCUAUUUAACGCGGCUGGUUCUCAAGGAACCGCCGGCAGUCUACAAAACAAUGUGAUUAACAUCAUCAACGGCCUACACGUCGCGACCGUAGACUCCUUUCAAGGCCACGAAAAAUCUUUCAUCAUAUUUUCAUGUGUCAGAAAUAACACCGAAAACAAAAUCGGCUUUUUACGUGACAAAAGAAGGUUAAACGUGGCAUUGACAAGAGCCAAGCACGGACUAAUUGUGGUGGGCAACAAGAAUGUCUUAAGAAAAGGAGACCCCCUAUGGAAAGACUACAUUACCUACCUCGAGGAACAAGAGGUCAUAUUCACUGAUCUCACAGCUUACUAG